AACUAGAGUUCAGAGGUCGAUCAGUGUCCAGGUCCAGGUGUGGGGCAACUGCAGAAAGAUGGAGAAAGCAGGGGAUACGGCGGAAAGUGAAAGUGUUGUGCAACCAGAAGUACCACCACAGGUAGAAACCAUGGCCACAUCAUGGGAGCUGCCCACGGAGCUGUGCUGCCGACCGCUGGCGCUCGUCGCUUUGACUGGGAUGGACGUCACGUACAACGCCGUGCACCGAGCCAUCUGGGACGCCUUCAGCGCCAACCGACGAGCGGACCGCGUCCCGCUGGCAUUCCGUGUGCUACCGGGCGACCACGAGUAUCCUAAGUGCAAGACUAAGCGGCAGUCCUAUGAGUGGUACAUUCCCAAGGGGAUCCUGAAGACAGGCUGGAUGAACAAACAGCUGAACAUGGUGCCAGCUGUGGUGGUGGUCUUCUUCGACCUGGACUGGGACGAACCACUCUGGAGGGAGAAGCAGAUGGAAUGUGCCACUAGGGUGGAGGUGGUACGAGCCAGCCUACAGGGGCGCAGCACCAGAGUAGCAGUCGUCCUCAUCCAGAAGAACGCCCCCCUCCCCCCUGGGGAGGACAUGGUGGCUGCGGAACGUGCUGCGGCUCUCUGCAGCGCCUGUGAGCUGUCCGCCAAAUCCCUCUUUGUCCUCCCACACACCGACCAUCUUCUAGGGUACAUCAUACGUCUGGAAAAUGCUUUCUACGAGCUGGCGCAGAACUACUACCACAUGGAGGCCCGGCGGGUCAAGUCCCACAAGGAGUUCCUGAACAAAACCACUCACCAGCUGCUGUUCGUGCGCCACCAGUUCAAGAUCGCUUUCUACAACGAGAUGAAACAGGACACGCAUACAGCACUCAAACACUACAAACAGGCCUACCAGCACCUGAACGAGGUCCGUACCCACGACACCAACAUGCUGGAGAUAAAGACUGUCUCCGGGUUCAUCAACUACAAGAUCUGUCGGCUGUCCUUCCAGCACAACGCCCCGCUGGACGCCAUCGCACAGUUCCGCAAACACGUGGACCUGUUCAAGAACAAGGUCGGAUGUGCGGAGCUCGCCUUCGAGCACUCCAGCUGGAUCUCUAAACAGUUUCAGGUUUUUGGAGACUUGUUUGAUGAAGCGAUAAAGCUAGGCCUGACAGCUAUCCAGACGCAGCACCCCGGCUUCUACUACCAACAGGCAGCCAACCAUGCCAUCACGCGCAAAGAGCUCUGCCGUAAGCUCUGCGACCCCACGGCCAAGUACCCCAGCACCGACCCCCUGGAGCUGGCCGCAAAGUUGGACUUCUAUGGCCAGCGACCUUGGAGGCAAGGUCACCAGAGUAUAGACCCUCCUGAUGCCCAGAAGGAGAGAGAGGGGAUACUUUCACUCCAGUUGUUAGAGUUGACUGUGGACCACUCUUGGAUCAUCAUCCCCCUGCUCAGCAGUGCUGUGGCCCAGUUCAAGAAGUACAAGUCAGCCCGGAUGAAGCGGUACCUGAUGGUGCAGAUGGGAGAGGAGUACUAUCAUGCUAAGGACUACGGAAAGGCACUCACCCUGCUCACCAGGGUACUGUGGGACUAUCGUAGUGAGCGCUGGUGGGCCCUGCUCACUGCUAUCCUCACCUGUGCGCUGAAGUGUGCGUACCUGGUGGCCAAUGUACAGGAGUACAUCUCCAUAUCGCUGGAGCUGAUUGGUCAGUACACGCUCACGUCUGCAGAGGAGAAGACCCGUAUCCAGAUGAACCUGAUCCGUGUGAUGUCUGGGGACCCGCCCGAACCAGAACCGGAGUGUGUCCCAGAAGCAGUUGAGGAAGCCAAACAGUUGUGGACCAGUGAUGCGAUCCAGACUGUCACCCAGCCCUUCACCAUAGAGCUACAGAACCUGGUGCCCUUUGUGGAGUGUAAGGCUGGCUUCUCCCUGGCCUCCAACCCACCUGACAAGCACAUGGUCCUGGACGUGUACCUGUCUGUCAGGUGUCCCUUCCCUAUCAGGUUUUCUAAGCUGUCCGUGUUGCUUAGCAACCCAGCCUACAACAAACACUGCACCCUAGCGGACAGCCGGGGUAUUGCAAACAGCGAUGCGGGAGACGCCGAGACGGGCGACCUCUAUCUCGUCCCCGGGCAGGUCAAGCACCAUCAGUUCCUCCUCAUUCCCACGGUGGAAGAUGUUGGGCGGAAAGUCGAGAUAACUUCCGUCGCUCUAGAGUUGGGCACGCCUGGGACGCGCAGUGCGAUACUGCACUGGCAGGGUGGGGGUGGGGACGCAGCGACUAACAGCAGCGCCCCCAGGGUGAUGAGCGGGCGGCGCAGGGAAGACCAGCCUGCCGAAAUCGACUGGGACGGACUGAGUCUGUACGGCUCUAUCUCUGUUGUGCCCAGACCACCACGUGUGCAGGUUCAGCUCAAACACAAGCCCCCUGCGCUCGCCAACGAGUUCUACGCCGUGGAGCUUACUGUGGAGAGUCAGGAAGAUGACGAGAUCACCGAGGUCUCGCUCCAUGUCGGACUUAAGGACGGACAAGACACAUCACUGGAGAGCACCACGCACAUCUGCUUCGACGCCCCGACGCAGGAGGAUGCGGAGACGUUCAUCGACAAGCCGCAGCCCCAGGCCCCGGGGCUGAGCGUGGGGAGUCUGAAGACUGGGGAGAAGGUGACCAGGACGAUGUACAUGCGCUGUCUGCAGGUGGGACAGAGGAUGCUGAGCGUCAGGGUUGUGUACAACAUACAGGUGAGUAUAGGGAAGCAGGCGUCUCCUAUCUGCUGUACAUGUGUGAAGGAGGAAAUUGUUCCCAUUGAGACCGUCAUGCCUGUAGACGCCUCCAUCCGCCUCAAGUCCCUCCUGAUGGACGCGCUGGAACAGAUCCAUUACGACGAGCCGUUUCUGCUGCUCACCGACAUCAGCUGUGUCUCGCCGUGGUCGAUCAGGAUCAGCUCCACGGAGCUGCAGCUGACAGAGGCACUGCGACCUGCCACGGGUCAGCUGGAGUCCCACAUCCACAAACUACAGCUCAACAAGAACGACCGGGCCAGCGACUGUUACUGUCUAACAGCACCGCUCAAUAAGAUACAUCAGGGCAGUGUUUUAAUGGGAGAGUACUCUAUCCGAUGGCGGCGAGCAGAUGCCGAUGACUCCAUCCCGUACGUCAUGACCGUGCUGUCCCUCCCUGAGGUGCCCAUCAUGAACCUCCCCGUGAUGGUGGAGAUGGAACUUCCCGCGCACGGCCGCGUACGGGAGCCCCUGGGGAUCACGUACACACUGCACAACCGUACGUCCACGGUACAGGAGAUGGAGGUGAUGAUGGAGCCCAGCGAAGCCUUCAUGUUUUCCGGACACAAACAGGUCCAUUUCCGGCUGCUGCCCUAUGGUAAACACAUUCUGACCUACAACCUGUACCCCCUCCUGUCUGGCCACAUGGUACUGCCCCGUCUCCAUGUCAACAUGCUGCGUUAUCCCGGCACUACCGACCAGAUCAUCAGCAAGAUGAUGCCGACUCAUGUCUUCAUCAUGCCUACAGGAAAGGAAGCCAUGGAAGAAGUCUUUGCAGGCAGCUAGAGACCCUAGUGGCCAUGAACAGGCUUAAGUUAUUACCAAUUCUUCCCAAUCAUGAAGAAAACAUACAAGACAUCUUUAGUCCCCUGAUGGACAGUCACAUGACUUAAAGCAACACCAGUGUUAGAGCUAAGACUCAAGGAAGAUUCACUUUUCAUUAGUUUGCAUCGGCUGACUCCUUUAGGGGCUCAACUAUACAGGCCAUUGUGAUACUAAUGCUCUGUUUCGUUAUUAGCACUAUAUGUACUAGGAAUGUUAUACUUGCAAUGACUGGUAAAACAGCAGAAUUCUGAGUUACAGUAUGAUGCAACAUCAUGCAUGGAACUGAACAUUCCAGUGUUACGCUUUCAGCACCUCAAAUCGAAAGAAAAAAAGUCAACACAGAAUUUAAUGUGUCCAUUACAGUAACUGUACGUGAAUAUAUUGAAGUAAAAUUGUUUCAGUCAGCAGUUUAUAGAUUAUAGAUGUAGUGCUGAGAAAGAUAAGCAAAUCGAUGUGGAUAAGUUUAACCUUCCAUAUGCUAAGGUAGCUGAUUUGCACCAAAUUUGUUUUGGUUAUGGGGUUUGGCAGCAUAGAGAUGGUUAAGAUAGCCAAUAGAAACUUCAUGGCCAUCUAAAUGAUAGGCUAUCGACCAUCUCUCAACUGAGACGGGGGCCGAUACCAGCUGCCAGCCAUCUUUGACCCGUUGCUGACAUCACACUUGCAUUCAGGUCAUGUGACAUAAUCUUCAUCUCAUUUCAACUUGAGCAGGGUCAGAGGACUGUUCAAAAGCUGGCUGGUUGUGCACUUUAAUUUGUGUAUGGAAAUAGGGCAUAAAAUCUGUAUAGGAUAGCAAUAGCGUAACCAUAUCAAGUGUAGUAACGUUAAGAAUCUCAACUUCACUGACUUCAAUUUGUUUUUGACAUUUUACAAUGUACAUAGAUAGAGCAUACUCUGUGCAAUACUACGAUACUAAAGUGAUGUUUUUCUCUUUAACAAAAGAAAUAAAACAUCACAAACAACAA